AUGGCUAAGAAACGCGCGAGAAUAACAAAUCCGGAGCCUUUCUUAGCCGAUGACUCCAAGUCAUUCUCCGCCGCCUCCUCCUCCAAAAAACGCUCCAAGCCACCCAAGCCCCACCAGCUUGAGGAGAAGCUAGUGCCCUCCGGCAUGAGCUCGAAGAUUUUGAAGGAAGCCUUGUCUCAGCAGAAGGAAAUUCAAGAGGAAGAGGAGAAGAAGAACCCUACUGGUUUGGUAUUUUCCGAAGAGCAUGGAAUUAAAGACAAUGAUUAUGAAGAAGAAGAUCUUGAUGACUUCGGAGGAUUUUCCGAGACGCAGAGUCAAUUUGGACAAUGGGAUUUUGAGGAUCAAAUUGACGAGGAGGAUGAGAAGCUUCUGGAGGCCUUCUUGUCUAAGGACCAUCGCCCUCAGCGCACGUUGGCUGACGUUAUUCUUGAGAAGAUCAAAGAAAAAGAUUCCCAAGUUUCUACAGGGCAGCAGCCUCUACCCAAAUUGGAUGACUCCAUCAUAGAGUUGUAUAAGGGAGUUGGCAAGCUACUUAACAAAUACACUUUUGGCAAGAUGCCGAAAGCUUUCAAACACAUAUCUUCUCUACAACUCUGGGAGGAAGUCUUGUACCUGACUGAACCUGAGAAAUGGUCUGCAAACGCAAUGUAUCAAGCCACAAGAAUAUUUGCUUCUAAUUUGGGUGUCAAGAAGGUUGAACGCUUCUACAAACUUGUCUUACUACCACGUGUCAGAGAAGACAUCCGGAAGAAUAAGAGGCUGCAUUUUGCCUUGUAUCAAUCUUUGAAAAAGGCUCUGUACAAACCAGCUGCCUUCAAUAAGGGAAUUUUAUUUCCUUUGUGUGAGUCAAGAACUUGCAAUUUGAGGGAGGCUGUCAUUAUUGGGAGCAUUAUUCAGAAGGUUUCCAUUCCUCCUCUUCAUUCCAGUGUUGCCCUACUGAAGCUUGCAGAGAUGGAGUAUUAUGGCACUACAAGUUAUUUUAUAAAGUUACUGAUUGAGAAGAAAUAUGCAUUACCAUAUCGUGUAUUGGAUGCCCUGGUUACUCAUUUUAUGAGAUUCUACGAGGACUCCAGAAUAAUGCCUGUGAUCUGGCAUCAGUCACUUCUUGCAUUUGCCCAAAGGUACAAAAACGAGUUGACAAAGGAGGAUAAAGCUAAUCUCAACACCCUAGUCGAAAGGCAAAGACAUAAAUUAGUUACUCCUGAAAUAUUACGGGAAUUAAAUAACAGCCGCAACCGUGGAGAGAAGGAUGAUGACCUUAUGUCGAUGUCGAUUCCAAUUUCUGUGGUUAACAAAACAAUACAAGAAGAUAGGUUUGACAUCCCGGAUGUACCUAUGGAGGAAGACUAA